AUAUAAACCAAGGCGACAACAAGUGUUAUUUCAUCAACCAAAACAAAACAAAACAAAAAAUACAAGUGGAAGCUUUUAAACAAAAGAGAGAAAGAAAUGGCGACGUCGGGAACAUACGUGACGGAGGUACCGUUAAAAGGAACGGCAGAGAAGCACUUCAAGAGGUGGAGGAACGAGAACCAUCUCUUCCCUGAUGCCGUCGGCCACCACAUCCAAGGUGUUACUGUUCACGAUGGCGAAUGGGACACUCACGGAGGCAUCAAGAUUUGGAACUACACAUUGGGAGAUGGAACGCAGGAGGUAUUCAAGGAGAGGAGAGAGAUGGACGACGAGAGUAACACAAUGAAGGUUGUAGGACUGGAAGGUCACGUGAUGGAGCAGUUCAAAGUGUAUGAGGUCGAUUUCCAAUUUAUUCCCAAGUCUGAAGAUGAUUGCGUCUGCAAAAUCACUAUGAUAUGGGAGAAGCGCAACGAUGAUUUCCCCGAACCAAGCAGCUACAUGCAACUCCUCAAGAGCAUGGUUGUUGACAUGGAGGACCACGUCCUUAAAGCUUAAUGUUGAACAUCAUCAUCAUCAUCACAAUCCCAAUCACCAUCAUCCCUAUAUGUCUAUUAAGUUGUUUUCAAUUAUACCUACUCUAUAUAUAGUGUUUCGUUCCUGAAUAUACACUAUAUAUAUAUAUAUAUAUACCGUGUGCUUUUUAAUUCAAUGUAUAAGAAAAUGAGGUCUUGUGGAGUUUCAUGUAUGUAGCAAUUAGCAUCA